AUGGGACGAAAAGAUGUUGGCGAUUUUAUCGAGUUUGGUAAAUAUACUGGCUUCCUUUGUUUACUGUAUGAGUUAUUGGUGGUAUCACAAGUUAGUAAUCUUAUCUACAUGAUUUAUGGAGGUGCUGCAACACGUAUCGAAGGAUGCGAUGGUCAUAUGUUUACUGGUAUAUCAUCAAAACAACAAUGUGAGCAAUACGAUAAUUAUAUGAAUUCAACAGGAGAAUGUUCAGAACCAAUUUUAGGCGCAGAUUUUGAAUCAGUUGCUUAUGAAUUUCAUUAUUUUUGUAAUUCAGCGAGCAAAGUUAAAAUGAGUAUAUCGUUGCAAAUGAUUGGUAUUAUGUUUGGUGCGAUGACAUUUGGACAACUUUCUGAUAUGUUUGGUCGAAGAGCGAUUCUUUUAUUUGGAACAAUUGGCUUAAUUAUUAGCGGUUUAGCAUCAACAUUCAUAAAUAAUUUGGUUGCUUUCACAGCUGCUCGAUUUUUUGUAAUGUUUUUCACCGGUGGAAAACAUAGUGUUUCUUAUGUAUUUAUGAUGGAAAAUUUGCCUGCUAAACAUCGUAUGUGGAUGGUUACGGUUAUUACCUAUUCUCCGAAUUAUAUCAUUUUUACCGGUUUAGCAUAUUUAACUGGCGAAUGGCGUUUACUGUCUCGUGUUGUCGCUCUUUUAACAGUUCUUCCGGGUAUUCUAUUAAUAUUUGCAUAUGAAAGUCCAAGAUGGUUAAUUCAGAAGGGUAAAAUUGAUGAUGCUCGUCAAGCGCUUGUUGGUAUGAGUAGAUGGGAUAAUAAGAAUACUUCGGAACGCCUUCAAGAAUUAGAUUUUUUGUUGGACAAAGAACGUGAACGUUUAAGAGAGGCAACUGCAAAAUCAAACACGAAGAAUUACACAUAUUGUCAUCUAUUCUCGAACAAAAAUUUUGCAUCAUAUAGCAUUCUUUUUGCUUAUAGUCUGAUGAUUACAAGCAUCAUCUCAUACGGAUUAGUUUUUAAUAUGGAAAAACUUUCCGGUUCCAUUUAUCUGAACACCAUCAUUGUUGGCUCAUUGCGCUAUGCGAUUAAUCUUAUUUGCGCCAUUAUUGAUAUUAAAUUCAUUUGGGCUGGACGACGUCUUCUACAUGGUUUAUCGAUGUUUUUUAUUGCUAUCAGUCUUGGCUUCGUCUUUUUGAUCAUUCUAUUUGGUUUUAAUUUACAAACAAUUAUUCGUAUUACGGCUUUAUCAGCAGCAGCAAUGUGUAGUCAAAUUUACAUAUUAAAUGCUGUCACACCAUCAGAACUAUUCCCAACAGCUAUACGUAAUAAGGAAAUUGGCUUUAUUCAAACAUUUAAUCGUAUUGGCAAUAUUAUUGCACCACAAAUUUUUGUUAUUGGUGAACUAUGGCCUCCACUUCCGUAUCUUACAAUGUGUCUUUUUGCUUUGAUUGAAGUAAUGGCAUUUCUAUGGAUUAUUCCCGAAACUAAAGGAAAACCAAUGCCUGAUCGAAUGCCUGGUGAUGAGGAUACUACUAUUAGAGCUGUUAAACCACUGAUUAAAAUUGAUAAGAAAAGUGAUGAACGUGUGCCAUUAAAUGAAAUGAAAAAAUGA